GUGAAUAACAGUUGAGUAUAAAAGCUUUGGUGCACCUCCUCACUGGACCUGGCAACGUUCCUGAAGUUCAGAGCUCAUUGCACAACCAUGCCUGUGGAUUUUACUGGAAAAUGGGAGCUGGAGUCGAGCGAAAACCUUGAAAAUUACCUUAAAGCGCUGGACAUUGAUUUUGCCAUCCGCAAGAUUGCAGUUCACCUUACUCCAGUAAAGACCUUUAUACAGGAUGGGGACAAUUUUGUGAUUAAGACACAGAGUGCCUUCAAGAGCUAUGAGCUGAGCUUCGCUGUUGGAGUUGAGAAGGAAGAAUUUACUAAGGGAUUUGACAACAGGAUGCUAAAGACUCUGGUGACCUGGGAAGGGGACAAAUUGGUGGCCAUCCAGAAAGGUGAGAAAGCCAACCGGGGAUGGAAACACUGGAUAGAAGAUGACAAACUUUAUCUGGAGCUGACUUGUGAGGAUGCUGUGUGCCAGCAAGUGUACAAAAGAAAAGACUGAUUUGUGACAUGUGAUUCAGUUCAUGUUGUUCUACUAUCAAGUCUAUCAAAAUCAAGCUGUGUAUUAACCCGAUUAACACUUUCAGCACUUCUGUAGGAUAAUUUUUUCCCUUCUGUCUAAAUAAAGAUAAUGAGAUGUUA